CAAUGGCGUACCUAGCUCCCCAUGUAUAUCGACAAUAAUCCUCAUAACCACCGUCGGUCAUAUAAAAAAAGAUCGCGGCGCGAUCCACGACAGUCCGAGUAAUUUUAUACAUGGUGCGGACGCGAAAGUAUGAAGGGAUUUAUAAUUUUAUAUUUUGUUAUUUGGAGUGUCAAGUGCUCCGAUGACAUACCUCCCAGUUUUACAGAUUUCGAUGGACCAUACGUAGUCCAAGUAACUUCCCCAGUAGAUCACGCCGAAGAACCUCACUGGGAUGGUAGGAAGAACAUCCUUUAUUACGUGGACAUACACGCGGGAGGCGUAUUGGCUUACCACUUUUACACCAAGAAAGUGUCAAAGAUCACACUGAAUGGAGAAGCCUCACCUGUUGUGCCUGCUAGGAACAACCCGAAUGUGCUACUUGUCGGAUUAAACAGAUCAGUCGUAGUUGUAGAAUGGGAUGGAAAGAAACAAUUGGGAGAUCAAGAAAUCCUAUCAACUAUAAGCCAGCAAUUCCCUAAAUCGAGGUUCAACGAUGGAAAAGCUGACAAACAAGGACGACUAUGGUGGGGUACAAUUGGGCCUGAAGCAAAUGGACACGUUACUCCUAAUGAAGGUGUACUCUAUAAAUUCACAAGGGAAAACCUACAAAAUCCAGAAGUGGUUAGAGCUCCUGUCACAAACAGUAAUGGACUGGCAUGGAACAAGGCUAACAACAAGAUGUACUACAUUGACACACCCACUUUAAAGGUGGUGGAGUUUGACUAUGAUGACAGAAUGGGCACCAUAUCAAAAGAAAAUAGAACUGUAUUUGAUAUGAGAGACUACAAGGGCAGGCUCACAGGUCUACCAGAUGGAAUGACUAUCGAUGAUGAGGACAACCUUUACAUCGCUCUGUAUGGCGGCGGCGCAAUUUUGAAAGUAAACCCAACUACCAAAAAAUUGUUGAAGGUAAUACCGAUUCCAGCUCGCGACGUAACAUCAGCUAUGUUCGGUGGGCCCAAUUUGGACAUCCUUUUCGUAACUACUUCGAGAGUAUCCUUGAGUGCAAAUGAGAGGCUGUUCUACCCUGCUGCCGGGAGUCUCUUUGCCGUCAAGAACCUAAAGGCUAAAGGGUUGCCAGCUUUUACAGCUGAUGUUGCCGAUGGUGUUACUAAAAGAUUGAAUCUGUUAGAAAACCUUUUCACGCCUGAAAUUUUCUAUCCAACGCCGAAGGAAAGCAAAACGGUAACGAGAAAUACAGAAAUACCUCUCUGGCAGACGUUAAUGAAUACUCUUCGAGCCUUUUUUUGAAUUCAGGCAAAUAAAUUGUUUUUCACGGAUCAAUGAUUUAUUAUUUUCUCCCCUUAAACAUUAUUUUAUUUCUAUUCCAUACCCACCACGAUAAUGGCUAACGUGAAUACAAAUUUAUUAAAAGAGAAUAAAUAUUAGCGAGAAAUGCAUCUCUCAAACUAUUAUUUACUGGGAAGUAGGUACAUUUAGAUAUUCUUUGGUAGCGGUGUAGCAUACACGGUAUCACUG